AUGGCCGAAACCUUUGCGUUCAAUGCUGACAUCCAGCAGCUGAUGUCCCUCAUCAUCAACACCUUCUACUCCAACAAGGAGAUCUUCCUUCGCGAGCUGAUCUCGAACGCCUCGGACGCGCUGGACAAGAUCCGCUACGAGUCCAUCACGGACCCGGACAAGAUCGAGGCCCAGCCCAACUUCUUCAUCAAGAUCAUCCCCGACAAGACCAACUCGACCUUGACCAUCGAGGACUCCGGCAUCGGCAUGACCAAGAACGAGUUGAUCAACAAUUUGGGGACCAUUGCAAAGUCCGGCACGAAGGCUUUCAUGGAGGCCAUGGCGGCAGGCGGCGACAUCUCCAUGAUUGGGCAGUUCGGAGUGGGCUUCUACAGCGCCUACUUGGUCUCCGACAAGGUUCGUGUCGUCAGCAAGCACAACGACGACGAGCAGUACAUUUGGGAAUCCGGAGCCGGGGGAUCCUUCACCGUGCAGAAAGACACCGAGCUCGUGCAUGGCGAGAUCAAGCGAGGUACGAAGAUCAUCUGCUACCUCAAGGAAGACCAGUCGGAGUUCUUGGAGGAGCGCCGCCUGAAGGACUUGGUCAAGAAGCACUCGGAGUUCAUCGGCUUCCCCAUCGAGCUGUACGUGGAGAAGUCGAAGGAGAAGGAGGUGACGGACUCCGAGGAAGAGGAGGAAGAGAAGAAGGACGAGAAGGAAGGCGACGAGCCGAAGAUUGAAGAGGUCGACGAAGAGAAGGAGAAGGAGGAGAAGAAGAAGAAGACUAAGAAGGUGAAGGAAGUCUCGCACGAGUGGGAGCAGCUCAACAAGAACAAGCCCCUGUGGAUGCGCAAGUCCGAGGACGUGACGAACGAGGAGUACGCCUCCUUCUACAAGUCCCUGUCCAACGACUGGGAGGACCACCUCGCCGUGAAGCACUUCAGCGUGGAGGGUCAGCUGGAGUUCCGCGCGCUGCUGUUUGUGCCGCGCCGGGCUCCCUUCGACCUCUUCGAGACCAAGAAGAAGAGGAACAACAUCAAGCUCUACGUGCGAAGAGUCUUCAUCAUGGACGACUGCGAGGAGCUCAUGCCCGAGUGGCUGAACUUCGUGAAGGGCGUGGUGGAUUCGGAGGAUUUGCCUCUGAACAUCUCCCGCGAGACCCUGCAGCAGAACAAGAUCCUGCGCGUCAUCAAGAAGAACCUGGUCAAGAAGUGCCUCGAGAUGUUCGCAGAGAUUGCUGAGAAGAAGGACGACUACAAGAAGUUCUAUGAGCAAUUCGGCAAGUGCCUGAAGCUGGGCGUCCACGAGGACUCGACCAACCGCACCAAGGUUGCGGAGCUGCUUCGCUACCACACCUCCAAGUCGGGCGAUGAGCAGAUCAGCCUGAAGGAGUACGUGGACCGCAUGAAGGAGGGCCAGAAUGACAUCUUCUACAUCACCGGCGAGAGCAUCGCCGCGGUCUCCUCCUCGCCCUUCCUGGAGACCCUCCGCAAGAAGGGCAUCGAGGUGCUCUACAUGAUCGACCCCAUCGACGAGUACUCCGUGCAGCAGCUGAAGGAGUUCGAUGGGAAGAAGCUGAAGAGCACCACCAAGGAGGGCUUGGACAUCGAGGACGAGGACGAGAAGAAGAAGCUCGAGGAGAUGAAGGCCGAGUUCGAGCCUCUCACGAAGCUGAUGAAGGAGGUGCUGGGGGACAAGGUGGAGAAAGUCAUCGUUAGCUCGCGAAUGGCUGACUCCCCUUGCGUGCUGACCACCUCCGAGUAUGGCUGGUCGGCGAACAUGGAGCGAAUUAUGAAAGCGCAGGCCCUCCGCGACAACUCCAUGACUUCCUACAUGGUCUCCAAGAAGACCAUGGAGGUGAACCCCAAGCACUCCAUCAUGGCGGAGCUGAAGAAGAAGGCGGCCGCUGACAAGUCCGACAAGACCGUCAAGGAUCUCAUCUGGCUGCUGUUCGACACCUCGCUCCUCACCUCCGGCUUUAACCUGGACGAGCCCACCCAGUUCGCCGGCCGCAUCCACCGCAUGAUCAAGCUCGGCCUCAGCAUCGACGACGAUGACGAGGGACUCGGCGAUGACGACGACCUCCCACCGCUGGAGGAAGUCGAGGGCGCGGCCGACGAGGCUUCCAAGAUGGAGGAGGACUACGUCGUGCAGAAGGAGACAUGGCAGCACGUCAAAGCCUUGGUCAUUGACGAGGUCGAUACGCUGGUGGGCGAGGACUCGCCGAACCCGAUGUUUGACCUUAAAGCAGAGCUGCCGCCAGACCUGCAGUGGGUCUUCGUCACCGCCACAGUGUCGGAGGCGGCCAAGAAGGAGAUUCGGAUGCUGAAGGGCCAGUUGCAGAUGGAGGCCAAUGAUAUGGGCCUGAGGAAGGACGGCCAGGUCGUGUGGACCCGAGGCCCUGGGCUCCACCGCGUGCCAGUGAACUGUGAGCACGUCCUGAUCGACUGCACCCCCAGACGGUUGUACGAACUUCCGAACUGGCAGCGCCUGGACGCGGUGAUGAAAUCCAAGCUUAGCGCGCUGGCCUGGCACCUGGAGAAGGGGGUCCUCCGCGACGAAAGCGACAACCGCGUCAUGAUCUUCUGCAACACCAUUGACAACUGCACCCGAGCUCUCGAGUGGCUGGAAAGGAUCAAUCCCGAUGAUGAGCGCAGCGGUGAGAAGCAGUGGAAGCUCCUCGUCCUCCACGGGCUCCGCAGCAAGCAGGAAUACCAGGAGAACAUGAAGCUGUUCAGCUCGGAAAAGGUCCCCGCCGCCGACUUCUUCAAGCGCCGCCUUCUGAUCUGCACGGACCGCCUUUCCCGCGGGAUGGACUUCGGGAGCAAUCCGGUGAAGUGGGUGGUUUUGUUGGACUGGCCACGGGAUGCCACCGAGUAUCUCCGCAGGGUUGGCAGAACGGCGCGCGCGGACAAAGGUGGCAGCGUCCUGACGCUCCUUUGCGGGCCCAAAGAGGCGCGGAUGGGGAAACAGAUCACGGCGGCCGCCAUUCGAUGUCAGAGGCUGACAACAAAGGGGGACGAUUUCGAGGAGAAGGUGCGCUGCCUCGAGCGCUUCGACCCCUUGUCUCUGGACUGGCGUGCUAGGCGUGCCGCGGCACCAAAGCCCUUCUUCGGGAAGCCGGAGGACGACGCGGCGAGCGAGCAGAAGGAGGCGGAGGAGGCUGAGGAGGAGCAGCGCGAGCUCACGGAAAAGGAGCUGCGCGAGUUCUUCCAGGAGGUUCAAGGACCGGAUGAUGCCUUCUGGCGUUAA